AGCUCCUCUUUGCCAUGAUGCAUGCCAUAGCUGCAACUGCAAAUGCAACUCUAGUGCUCUUCUCUUGCUUACUGCUCACAACCUCUAGUGCUCAACCAGCAUCCAACAUCUCCUCCUGCCUACUCUCCAAUGGAGUGAGGAACUUCUCCCUCCCCGAGUCUCCGAGCUACGCCACGCUUCUCAACUCCUCCAUCCAGAACCUCCGUUUCGCGCUUCCUAAUGUUAGCAAGCCAGCCGCGGUCGUCAUCCCGAGCUCCAAGGUAGAUCUACAGCGAGCCAUUCUGUGCGCCCGCGAUAGUUCAUUGGCAAUUCGUGUGCGCAGUGGCGGACAUAGCUACGAGGGCUUGUCAUACACCACGGAGAAUCAUGUUUCUUUUGUUGUGGUUGACCUUAUGAACCUCAACCGAGUCCAAGUCGACAUGGUCUCAAACACUGCUUGGGUUGAGUCAGGUGCCACUCUAGGCGAGUUAUACCAUGCUAUAGGGCAAUCGAACAUGUCCUUGGCGUUUCCUGCCGGAUCUUGCUCGACGGUCGGCAUAGGAGGGAUUGUAUCUGGUGGAGGUUUUGGUCUAAUAUCACGCAAGUUUGCACUUGCUGCUGAUAAUGUGUUGGAUGCAAUUUUGAUAGACUCGAAUGGCAAUGCCUUGGACCGUGGAUCGAUGGGCGGCGAUGUGUUUUGGGCCAUUCGAGGUGGUGGUGGAGGAAGCUGGGGGGUGGUGUACGCCUGGAAGCUCCGGCUUGUUCAUGUUCCCCACAACAUCACUGUGUUCAGCUUGGGUCGAACCGGGACGGUGAAACACAUUGCUAAGUUGAUGCAUAAGUGGCAGUUUGUAGGGCCAUAUCUUCCCGACGAAUUCUACCUCUCAAUCUACAUCCCAACAGGGACAUCAAAUGGUAAUGUUUCCAUGUCCUUCACUGGCCAAGUUCUAGGACCCAAACAAUACGCCAUGUCAGUGCUACAUCACACCUUCCCAGAGUUAGGUCUUGCCGAGUCAGAUCUAUCUGAGAUGAGUUGGAUCGAAUCAAUAGCCAAGUUCGCUGGACUUAGCUCAGUCGAUGAUCUCUCUCAUCGUUGGCUUGGAGCAAAACAGUAUUCGAAGAGCAAGUCUGACUAUGUCCGUUCACCAAUCUCGAUGCAAGGCACAAUCAAUAUCAUCAAAUAUCUAUCGAACGGUCCACAAGGGUCCAUCCAGCUUGACCCCUAUGACGGGGCAAUGGCUCGUAUAGAGAGCUCCAAGAUACCAUUUCCACACCGGGCUGGGAACCUCUACAGCAUUCAAUACGGUGUGUCAUGGCAUGCAUUAGAUAAUGGCCAAGCAGAGAAGUAUAUUGGAUGGUUGAGAUCAUUCUAUGCUUAUAUGGCGCCUUACGUGUCGAAAAAUCCUCGAGCUGCGUAUGUGAACUACUUGGACCUCGAUCUGGGUACAAACAAUUGGAUGAAUGCUACAAAUGGAACUUCUAAUGGCUCAGUGAUUCAUGCAAGAUCAUGGGGCAGAAGCUACUUCUUGAAGAAUUUUGAUCGGUUGGCUCGUGCCAAGGCUAAGAUAGAUCCUACAAAUGUGUUCAACAAUGCACAAAGCAUUCCUCCUCUACAAUAUUAGAGGAAACAUACAAUGUAUUAUGGAUUACUAAUUAGUUAUAUUUGGGGAUGAGAAUAUAUAGCAAGUUGAAUUCUAUCCUCAUAUUUAACAAGUCCAUAAAUCAAAAAAAUAUUCUCUAUCCACCUAGUAGUAUUACUCUCUUCAUUAGAGCGAGGCUAAUAAUAUAGCCAACAAGCUGGCUAUAAGACCUAUUAUAGUCAGCUCUUAGUCCACUCAAAUACUAGUAGCUCUUCAUCAUUAAUGCAGGACCCACAUGUCACUCUCACAGAGUUUCUUGGUUCUUGUGUCCGAGCUAGCUACAAGCUUACAACCCGCUUACACUCUCUCAUCCCCUCUCUGCUCCACAUAAGCAUUUAGCCAGCUUAUAACCUGCUAUUAUACUUGCUCUUAAUGAACUAACCAACCAAUAAAUGAACUCCACUUCACCAUUUUGUGCUCACUAGUAAUAAAUGCUUGUUGGGAUGCCAAGGAUCCAUUAGGAAAGAGUUGUAAUUGUUAUCUCCCAUUCUAAUGGAAGAUUUUACUUUGUUAUUUCCAAUAGUGUCAUAU